ACUGUCAAAUUUAAUAGGAAGUCACUGUCAGUCAAGUGUUGAAUGUCAACAAUGUCAACUAUUUUCAUCGUCGUAGAUUGCCGAGCUGAUGGUUGAAGUGAUGAAAGUCGGAAAAAUAAUUGAAGAAUAACUUGCAUUAGAUUCCAGUACACCAUAUUUUGAAGUUUUGGGAAAGUUCAGCGCAGCACUUCUUCACUGCUAUUGAUGCAGAUAUCUAUUUGAAGAUACAACUGUAUUGAAUCGAUAGUAGUUAAAGUAAAACAUCUCAAAAUUCCUCCUGCCUCAGCGACUCAGGGAUCCUCUCUCCGCACUGCUGAUUGGCGGUCGGAGAUGCUGGCGGCGUGCGAGGCGGGCGAGGUGUUCGCCCUGCUGGAGGGCGGCGCGGGCGGAGCGCGCGACGCCGCCGACGCGCUGGCCGCGCUCUACGCCGCCGUGCGCGAGCCCUGGCUCACCCGCGCCCUGCUCGCCUACCACGCGCGCACCGCCUCCGCGCGGGCGCUCGACCUGCUCGCGCGAGCCCCCGACCUGCACGCGCGGCACCUGCUCGACGCGCUGCAGGACCAGCUCGGCGCCGACCGCGCCGCCCGCGCACACGCCCUCGCCGCGCUCGCGCCGCUCGUGGCGCGCCGCCCGCCCUGGCUGCACCGCCUGCCCGCGCACCCGCUAGCACGCGCCCUGCUGCGCGCCGCGCGACACGAGCGCGACGCGCUGCCGCUGCUGCACGCGCUGCUGGCGCUGGCGGCGCUGCUGCCCGCCGCGCCCGCGCUCGCCACCGCGCACCCCGCCGAGCUGGCCGAGGCGCUGCUGCGCCCCGCCGCGCUCGAGCCCGCGCCGCCCGCCACGCGCGCGCACCUGCAGCUCGCGCAGCUGGCGCUCUUCCACGCGCUCUACGCCACGCACCCCUGCACGCUGCUGGAGGCGCUGCGCGCGCAGGCCGCCGAGCUGUCCGCCGGCGCCGCGCGCGACGCCUGGGAGCGCGGCGUCACCGUGCUGGCCGAGUCCGUGCGCCUGCACCCCGCGCUCGUCACCGGCAGCCGCCUGCGCGAGGCCGACCCCGCGCGCUGGGCGCGCAGCGAGCCGCACGACGUGCUGGCCGACUGCCGCCGCCUGUCGCUGCACGCGCGCGCCGAGGACUCCGCGCCGUCGCCGCUGCCCGCGCCGCCGUGCCGGCUGCGCCGGCCGCCGCCCCGAGCCGGCGCCGGGGUCGGCGCGCACGCCGCGCGCUCGGCCGGCGGGCUGCGGCCCGGCGCCGAGCCCUGGUUCCCGCUGAGCGACCGCUGCGGCGCCGACUCCGCGCCGCACACGCCGCUGCCGAGCGAGGCGGACGCGGCCGAGCCGCCCGAGGCGGCGGUGGAGGCCACGCCGGAGAACACGCCGGCGCGGGAGACGCGCGCACAGUUCCUUCCGGGCGAGUCGGGCGCCGUGCGCGCCAUCGGGCGGCGCUCGCGGCCCGCGUCGCCGCCGCGCAAGGAGACGUCCCCGGCGCCGGGCGAGGCGUACGCGGCGCGACUGGCGCGCGUGGCGCAGGAGCGGCGCGCGGCGGACUCGCCCGUGCUGUUCGCGCCGCCGCCGGCCGGCGCCGUGGCGCGGCCCGAGCCCGCGUGCCGGGCGCCGCUGGCGCUGGAGCCGCUCAACGGCGAGGACCGUGAGGUGCUGGAGCUGACGUCGCGCGCGGACGCCGAGUGGGAGGGCGGCGCGGGCUCCGGGCGGGCGCGCGUGCGGUGCGGGACCCGCGCGCGGGGCCCCGCGGGCCGGCGGCGGCGCGCGGGCCCCAGGCGCGCGGCGUCGUGCGAGGGCCGGCUGGCGGGCGGCGCGCGGGUGUCGGUGGCGGUGCAGACGGUGGACACGUGGCCGGAGCCCUACGAGUUCAUCAUCGCGGACUACUUGCGCGCGAUCCCCGACGACUCGCGCCGCUCGUGCGGCGAGUCCAGCCAGCCCAGCGAGCGCCUCGACGCCUACAUGGCGGAGCUGUACGCCGGCCGCGCCAGACCCACCGCCGACCUCAGCGAGCAGCUCGCGCUCGCGCACGCGCAGCUCAUGUACGAGCGCUGGCGCCGCGACGCGCACGCCGAGCGCAACCGCCGCCUGCUCGGCCGCUGUCGCCAGGUGCGCGCGCUCGAGCUGCACAACGCCGCGCUCGCCGACCGCGCGCGCGCCGCCGCCCGCGAGCGCGACGAGCUGCGAGCCCGGCCCCCCGCCGCCGCGCCGCGCCGCCCGCGCCCGCCGCGCUCGACGCGCAGCUCGCCGCCGAGCGCGCGCGCGCCACCGCGCCGAGCGCUGCGCGAGGCCGAGGCGCUGCGGGCGCUGGACGCGGCUGAGCUGCCGCGCGGCGAGUCCUUCGAGGCGGCGCGCCACGAGCGCGCCGCGCUGGCGGCCGAGCGCCGCGCCGCAGUGCGGCGCGAGCUGCUGGUGCUGGCGGAGCGCGCGCGCCUGGCGCGGCGGCGCGGCCCGGCGCCGGCGCCCGAGGACCGCGCGCUGCGGGCGGCGCUGGCGCGCGGAGGCGGAGGCGGAGGCGAGGCGGCGCGCGCGGACGCGGCGACGGCGCGGGCGCACGAGCUGGAGGCGGCGCUGGCGGCGCGCGACGCGACGGUGGCGGAGCUGAAGCGCGCGGCGCGGCUGGCGGCGGAGGAGGGCGCGGCGCGGCUGCGGGCGACGCGCGACAAGUACGCGGCGCUGCUGCGCGUGCUGCGCGCGACGGAGGCGCGGCAGCUGGAGCGGCUGGCGAGCGCGGAGCUGGCGCCCGAGGCCGAGCGCAGCUAGGGGCCGCGGGGCGCGGGGGGACUCGCUGGACAGUGCGCGUGACGGACAGUGCGGCGCCGGGGGGCGCGGGGGCGGCGUCGGGAGUGAUGUGGCUCGCGGGGAGCGGUCGGUUCAUCAUUAUGUGUAUCGCAUCGAUGUAACGCUUUUUCAUAUUUAGUUUUCAUAUGUAAUGGUCGAUUAUUGAUUAUAUCUUCAUGUAAACUAACUGGGUAUCAAUAAAAAUCAAGUUUUCGUUCAAA